UUACGAUAUUGGUCUUAGUUGAAUGACGAGUUAGAAUCUGACUCGCUCAAUUAACUAGCCUAUCGCUUGGGCGUAUAUAUACUGACUCGAACCCAACAUGGUGUCCUCACCAAAUGCGGGAGGCAUCUAUGGCCUCGCUGCUGUGUUUUUCGUUGUCGCCGCUGCUGCCGUCGCGCUUCGUUACCAGGCGCGCCGUAUCAGGGCUGCAGGAUGGAAAGCCGAUGACUGGUUCAUCACUGCUGCUAUGUUACUUACGUGGGGACUGGGAAUAAUUCUCAUCUAUGGCACAACCCAAGGUACAAUUAGUUAUCACACUACAACCGAUCCUGUCACCGGCGCAGUGAUUGUCACACCGCAUGAGAAUCAGAUCUCUAUGUUUGGUGGUAUUUCGCAAAUCCUCACCGUGAUCGCUCUCGGUACUCUCAAAUUCGGUGUGGUGAUGUUUUAUCGUCGCAUUUUCGCCAAUCAACGUUUUUACAAUAUCUCACUCGGCAUUCUCAUCCUCAUCACUGCCUGGACUGUCGCUUUCUUCUUCGCCACGCUGUUCGAAUGUAACGGUCAAAACUUGGACCUGCUGUGGAAGUCUAUCAAGACUUUCAAGGAAGUUUGCUACAAGUACAAGAAUAUCCAGCUUGCGCAUUGCAUUACGGACAUAGCCACGGAUUUAAUUGUGCUGUCUAUGCCCCUCCCGGAGAUCUGGAAGCUUCGCAUGUCGAUCAAGCAGAAAAUUGUUAUUUCGCUCAUUUUCUUGAUUGGUUUGCUGUCGACCGCAGCCGGCACUGCCCGUCUUGUCAUCGUCGCAAUCGACAUCGUCGAGACUACACCGGGUGCACGUGAUGUCCGAGGUGUCGAGACAAAUGUCCUAGUAUGGUCUUACGUCGAGGUCGGUGUCGGUGUCGUCGCAGCCUGCUUGCCGACACUUAAGCCCAUCUUCGACAACCGCAGCUUGAACAGUAUCGUCGCAAGUGCACGCUCCAAGGUAUCUCUUCGGUCCAACAACUCCGGCAGCCGCAACAGAAGCAACGGCGACCGAGCACCAGAUGGUUCGAGCGGGUUGGAGUUAUUCCCGUACGAUGCAUCGAAGCAGAUUCAUAAUUACAGCCAAAUCAGUGGAGCCGAAAGCACCCACCCCAUGCCGACUUACCCCGCGAAGACGAUACUUCGAGAGGACGGCUGGACCGUGCAGAGCGAGAGCAGAGCCGAUCAUACUCGAGCGGAGAGUUCGGUGAGUGCGGGUUCUAAGGACAAAGAUAUGGUGUAAGCGGCGAUAUGAAUGUCUUUGAAGACUUUCGCUUGCGGGAAGAUUUAAAAAGAAAAAAAGGAAAAAUAUUUACGAUGAAGUUAUCAACUCCGAAUACCCUUAGGUGCAACUGUUGGUUAUGAAUCCUCGAAUAUUUCCUAGCUGAGAGGGCUCUAGGUCACAGGAUUUAAUUGGGAGUGUAGGUAUUUAGGUGGUUGGGUUAAGUCGGGAAUAAAACGACUGAAGAUGUUAUGUAUGUAGCUAGUGGACAAACACCCUCUGACCAUGUUAUGAUAUGAAUGACGCAUCUAUUGUAUAAAACAUAAUUCAUAGUCUAGUUUUAUGAAAAUAUUUAUAGUUUC